UUUUUUGGAGAAAAGCGACUUUUUCGAGAACACAACAAAACUGCCAUAACUGAAAAAAAACUUGACAGAGAACAGAAUAUUGGAAAGAACGUACAACUCAGGUCAAUCAACCAAAACAAGAUCCAGUAACAUGUCCGAAUACGCAUCACAAACCGUCGCUCAAUUGAAGGAAAUUUUGAAAGAAAGAAACUUAUCUACUGAUGGUAAGAAAGCUGAAUUAGUGGAACGUUUGACCGAAAGCGAUAAAGGUCAAGCUGCUCCACAGACUGGCGGAGAGUUGGAUGAAGCUGCUGAUGAAUCUAGUGCACCUCAAACAGAAGACGCAGCAGGCAGCAACGAAGCUGAAAAGGCUGGGGACUUGACUGUGAUCCCACCAUCUGAAGGUAAAAAUGAAGAAAGCAGCGAUGCAAAGGCUGAAGAAAAACCAAAACCAAAAGUCUUAACUCCAGAAGAAAGAAAACAAUUGGCAGUAGACUUAUUGACCAAGAAAAUCCAAAGGGCCGAAAAAUUUGGUGAUGAAGGUGCUGCUGAAGCCUCCAGGAAAGAUUUGGCUAGAGUUGAAAAAUUCGGCGUUGAAUUGGGUACUGCAUUGGCUAGAGAAAUUGGAAUUUUAGAUAAAAAUUUUAACCAAGGCCUUAAGACCCAUAAGUUCAACAAGUUCAACAAAAACAGAAAUAAUAAUAAAAGAGGCUUCAAGAAUAACAAAAGAGGUGGUUUCAAAAAUAAAUUCAACAACAAACGUCGUGAUUAGAUAAUGGUCUAAUAACUUAACGAACUCUUCCCUUGUACUUUUCCCCUAU